AAUCAUGAACCAGAUUUUUGUGUAAGUAGGCAUGUGCAGCAAAAAGAGACCAACAACGUGUGCACUCAAAAUUGUAACAAACCGGUUUUGGGUCUAUAUUUUAUCGAAGUAUAAAUUCGUAAACUUUCAUUGAUAAUCAUAUUCGCGAGUGCUUUCAAUACGACAAGAGCAAUAUGUUCGUAAAGGUAUACGUAAUUUUCUCUAUUUUAGCGAUAUCUUACUGUCAAGAUGGUCAUCACACAUACAGCCAUAGCAUAGUUAUUAAACACGAAGUAGCUAAAAAAGUCCAACCUCACUACCAGGUAUCUCCCUCAAUUCCGUCCCUUUCAUUAUCUCUUCAAGAUGUUUCUCAAAACAUUCAUACUGUACCUUAUCAAAGUUUAAGUAAAAAUCCAGACGUAAACGAACAACCUCAGAAAUCACUUCAACAGUACUUUAUACCGGCGCCCAAUAGAGAACCUGCUCCAGUUUAUGAACCUUCAUCUGAACCUCAACCUCAACGUAAAGUUCUUCAUGUACCUAUAAGAAAUUCUAUCCAAGGUAUCGCUGUUCAGCACGUGCCUAUUCAACAAGUACCUGUUCAGCAUAUCUCUGUUCAACAAGUCCCUGUCCAACUUACCCCUGUUCAGUCUAUCCCUGUUCAACAAGUUCCCAUUCAGCAUGUUCAGAUUCCACAAGUACCUAUUCAAAUUAAACACGUUCCCAUUCAAUCUGUCGCUGUUGAACAUAUACCCGUCCAUCACACACCUGUUGAACAUGUUCAACAAGUUUCAGUUCAACAAGUAGGGGCUGUACAACACCAGGAGGGGGAAUCUGAUCAUCAUGAGGAUUACUAUGCAUACCCUAAAUAUGUAUUCGAGUACAAAGUAGAGGAUCCUCACACCGGUGACAAUAAGUACCAGCAUGAGUCGCGAGAUGGUGACGUUGUCAAAGGCGUGUAUAGUCUGCAUGAAGCUGAUGGAUCAAUCCGCACUGUUGAAUAUGGCUCAGAUAAGAAAACUGGAUUUAACGCCUAUGUACAGAACUCCGGCGUGACGAGGCACCUCGAACCAGAGCAUCACAAUCACCAUUGAAUUUACUUUCGCCUAUUUAUAAAUUUGUUACCU